AAAAAAAUGUGUCGUCUCCAGCCCUAAUAAAUGUGUCGUCUCCAGACCUAAUAAAUGUGUCGUCUCCAGCCCAAUUCUCACACAAACGUAGAUUGCAGGUGCAGCGUAGAGAGAGCAAAGAUGAGUGGAGGAGCAAUAAGGAACAAAGUGCAGAGGAAAUUCAAAAUGAGGGGCUACACUCUCAAAGUGGAUGCCCUGUCGGAGGUCCUCUCGUUCCUUGACCGUUUCCCGUCCGACUCCCACGACGAAGCACUCGACCUCCUUCUGGACGAGCUCCAACACCUUUCCCUGAAAUCUGCGAUUUUGGACAAGGAGCCUGUGCACAAAGUCGUGAGCCUAUUACUGGAAGCAGAAGCUCCCGUCGAGGAAAAUCCUAGCAGCUCCUGCUCCCCUGCAUCAGCGCUUCGAGUCAUUGAUGCAUUUGAUGCCCCAAAAUUGAGAUAUGAUCCAGUCAAGAAAAUCUUCUAUGAGCAUGCAGGGAGGCUUCCAAUUCAGGGUGAUGCCUCUGCAAAAGCCACCUUAUACAAGGACAGAUUCCUGAUGUCUUUCCAAAAGCUUUCUCGUGAUCCUCGCUUUUCCAAACCUGCUUUUGGCAGCACCAUAUCUGAGUACGGCAGCUGCGAGAUAUCUCCAAUCCAAUCCCUGGUUGGGCAGAUAGGAAGAAAAUGGGUUAUGGGUGUAAUAUCUCAAUUGGAAGAUGGUCAUUUCUUCUUGGAAGAUCUUAAUGCAGCGGUGGAAGUCAAUUUAUCUGAAUCAAAAAUAACAACAGGAUUUUUUGUAGAAAACACAAUUGUCCUAGCCGAAGGUGAAAUGCAGCUGGAUGGUGUUUUUAAGAGUUGAUGCUGUUGGGGUUCAUGUCAUUGCUAUUGACUGUGUUCCAAGGUCGCAUAAACAAGAUAUGUGUGCGUCCCAAUACAAUGCAUCACAUGCUCCCCUGCCCUUUAGCUCAGGAAGAAGCCUUUUUAGCUGCUGAAUUGGCUCCUGUUUCCCAUGACGAAGAGUUCCAUAGCUGGAAGUUGCCUCCUGAGCGAGUACCAGGCACUGGUUAUUGCGUUGCGAAGAUGGACCGUGGCAGACAUUCCGUAAAUAUGGGUAAUCUCCAACGCAAUCGAAGGAAGGAGAUUGCGACAAGUCAUCCUAGUUUACGCGAAGGCAAAGGUAAAGGGCGGGCUGGGUCUUCUUCUCAAAGUCGAGAAAAUUUUGAUGACGGAUACCAAAGGCGAGAUGAGGAUGCGAUGUCCGACGAGUAACUACAACAACUAUUGGCGCAAAAUGAUGGUCGCUUUUUUCAACAACAAAACAUCUCGGAGUCCAUUGAUGAAGAGGAGCUCGAGGAUGACAAUGUGUAGGAGGACGAGGGGGGCGACGGGACUCACGGCACCCCGGAUGAUGAGCAAGAGUUGGAGGAUGAGGGCGGUCCAUCCCAAGUUGGUAAGAAAUCUAAAUCGCCUAUUAUAGAAAAUAAUUUUACAAAGAGGAAAGACCCAACAACCGAUAAAUGGUACGCAAGUUGCGAUCAUUGCAAGGAGUAUAGCUUGGAACUUCCGGCGAAUAUGGGAGCCUCAAAAGGCAUCUUAAGUCCGCGCACUCUGUGGAGUAUGUGAAAAUAGACAAAGGCAAGGGGAAGCAAACUCAAAUAUCGAGGUUUGCAAAUGACCAACCUUUUGGCAAUUUCUCAUACACUGAUGCACAAAAUUUGACUGGUAUGGCUAACUUACUUGUUGAAAAAAAUUUGCCUUAUUUGUUUUCUGAAAGUCUUGCUUUUAAAGAUUAUACACAAACUAGUUUAAAUCCUCAAUUUAGAAGUUAUUGUAGCAAAACAGUUAAGAAAGAAAUUAUAAGGCUUUAUCGUGCGGAAAAGGAUAGGUUACAAAAAAAAUUGCAAACUUUAAUGGCCGUGUAACUAUUUGUUCUGACAUUUGGGA